AUGAAAAAUCAAACAUUUGGCUGCAGCCAUUUUCAGUACUUAUUAACUGCAUGUUUCCAGUGGAAUACGUGUAUGCAGAUUGGAUUUUUUGCCAAACAAGAAGUAUUGCAAGGUGUGCAGAUCCAGAAUCCCUGGCAAGUCCAAGUGAACGUGUUAAAGAUACUGGAAGUCAAGUUGAAGGAUUUUGCAUACCUCAGCUUCUUUCUCAGGAAAAGUAAUAUUGAUCAAGCCACGGCCACUACACUUGUUAUAAAGGAACACUGGACGCCAGACUUGGACAAAAUGACAGAAAAUGAGCCCUUUGUAGAGAACGGUGAUAACAAGAUGAUACCUAUCUUCACUGCGGAACACGCAAAAGACGAUGAGAUAUACGCAAAGCUAAGGCUAACUAGUGAAUGGAAAGAUCAUCGCCCUCGUUAUAAGAACGUUUCUUACCUUCAUCAUGCAUUUCUGUUGCCUUCAUCUGAUCAUGCCAUGGCUGCUAGGACUGCAAAGACAUUUGACGGGGAAAUUCGCGAGUGGACGUACAGUCUUCAUGGGCCUGUACGUAAAAUUCAAGGUGGUGGGUUUACAAACUACGAGGAGGAUGACGCCGCUGUUUUCAAGUACCCGGAUGCUUGGCCCGAGCCAGCUAUGGAAUGGUUGAGCAGACCGCGCCCAAGUGGAUGGCCCUCAUCUGAACUGGUCCAGGAAAUAUUCGAAUCCGGUUGCCAUUUAGCUCCCGUUGGUAGGGGAAAACGGCUGGAAGAGCCCGUUGAUGUAUUCAAUUACUGUCGAAACCCGGAGGCCACACUGGCCAACUCUUCAUUACCCAGUGCGACGGAAGAGAGCUGCGAGAAGUGGGCGAUGGAUGAAACCGAAUGGCGUAUCUCAUUUUCUUUGGCCGAAAAUAAACUCGGGGAAAGUUUAUCACCCGUGCAACGUCAUGUAAUUGUUUUGCUGAAAAUGAUCAAGAAAUUUUAUUUUCCUGAAGUUAUUUCGACGUACUACUUGAAGAACCUAUUAUUUUGGGAGUGCGAGAAGAAAGGUCAGGUCUUCUGGCGAGAGGACAACUCCGGAAGCUGUCUGCUGAUCAUGUUGGAUCGCCUUCAAGAGUGCUUGGAGUCGCGUCAUUUGCCUCAUUACAUCAUGCCACAAAGUAAUCUCUUGAUGUACAAAGACCCGUCUAGACUGAAAGAAGCUGCUGUUCAAGUUGCUGAAGUAAGAUGCAAUAUUUUGUCAAAGACAUUCAACUUGUUAAGAAAGCUCCAGUCCCUAACUUUUCAGUCCCAAACUUAUCUUUGCCAGCCCUUCAGCUUAUAA